AUGUUUCAUACUUGGAUCGAAAUCUGCUUCCGUUGCAAGAGACCUACUGAAGAGACAGAUAUCAUUCUUUGUUCAUUGGCAAGGGAACCUGAGCAUAAGAUGCAUAUGGAACAUUCAGAGGCUGUGGGGCCAGUAGGACUGUGCGCAAUAAUACAUAAAAAAGUCGCUAAAAGUUUUACAUACUUCCCUUAGAGGCUGUUCGUAAGUCAUCUCAUAAAGAAGUCACGCAAUGUAUAAGAAGUAACCAAAUAUUGAAAAUAUAGUGAUUGAGCAACCAACACAGUCGGCACUGACCAAGCAUCGUAAGUACAUCCUUAUUUCACAUUUAGCGGGGAGAACCAGAUGCUGCAUCAAGGUCUGAUACUCGAUCCGCCCUGCCACCGAUUACUAAGUCCCCUUGUCCACGCCAAUCAAUCAGAUUACACAAUAACUCAUGACUUUCGAUUAGUGGCCUAACAGCUCACCUUGUCCAGGAACUUGUAACCUCUCGCUACCACGAUUAUCUUUUUAGUGUUCAACGGCAUAUUCCAGUCCUGGCACCAGGCUAGGGGCGCUCAGUCGGUCGUGCGUACAGGUGUGGGGAACUAAACACAAAAUUGACCUCUGGUGUGUUGGUAUCAGGUGGAUGCUGUGUGACCCUUCACAUGUGCACAAUAUCUGCGGUGGCGUUUCUUUCCUUUCUGUUUAAACAGGAAGCUAAGUAAUUGACAUAUAGUUUUCUCCUAUUGUUUUCCUGACAGCUUGGGGUAAACAAAUCACGAGGUUAUGGGGAUGGAUGAUGAUCAUCGGGCCGUUGUUUUCUUUCCAAAUCUGACUUGGAAUGGCAGUGUUGAAAUUAAUUCAUAUUAAACUUAAUCUGUUUUCUCCCGGAUCCAAUGCAUAUUGGGGAAAAUAUGUGCAGGAUCAAUAUGCACGAACUGCUCUGACAAACAAGUUGUUCAGUAAGCUUUCACCAGAAUCUGUAACGCUAUUGUUUUAAUACAUGUGCGCAGCAUCUAAUCCAUCCUUCAAAUGA